GAGUCAGAGAGGAAAAGUGACUCUGAGACUCACAGUGUGGAAACAGGAAAAACUAACUUCUAUUUUAAAAGUUCUGCAUCUGAAAGCAACGGAAAAUGUGCAGAGGAUUAGCUGCCUUACCCCAGACCUGCCGGGACAGGGCCAAGGAGAUCAAGUCGAAAUUGGGAGUUUUGCUGCAGAAGCCGGAAAAUGCCAUCGACCUCAUCAUCCCGUACCCGGAGAAGCCGGAGAAGAAGCCGGAGAAGCUGCAGAAGCCUACUCCGGAGGAGGCGGCUCUGUGGCGCGAGUGUCUGGACCGAGUCCUGAGCAACAACUACGGCCUGGCUGCUUUCCGUAGCUUCCUCCAGUCCGAGUUCAGUGAGGAGAACAUCGAGUUCUGGACCGCCUGCGAGGACUUCAAGAAGACCAAGAACCCAGGGAAGAUGGCCACCAAGGCCAAGAAGAUCUACGAAGACUUCAUCCAGUCCGAGGGACCCAGAGAGGUGAACAUUGACCACUUCACCAAGGACGUGACCCUGAGGAACCUGGUGGACCUCUCCCCCGCGACCUUCGACCUGGCCCAGAAGAGGAUCCACGCCCUGAUGGAGAAGGACUCCUUCGGCCGGUUCCUCCGCUCCGAUCAGUACCAGGAGCUCCUGGUCAACUAAGCAGGAGUCUGAGGAGCGGGCGGGGGGGGGAGGCGGUGAGGUUUCAAACAGCAGUUACUCAAAUGUUUUGGAAAUUAAUUCUAUAUAUUUUCUUUAAUCUCAAUAUUUCGAAUAAACCAAAGUUGUGUUUGAGCGCAUGAGAACCAAAGACUUUUAUUUUACAAACAAACUAAAAGGUGACAUUUUUUUUAAUUCAAAUUCAAUGUUUGAAACUGAGCUAAAAGGGCCGACUGCCAUUUGGAAUAGAACCACCUCCCCAUCCAACACACACACACACACACACACACACACACACGCACACACACACACACACACACACACACACACACACACACACACACACACACACACACACACACACACACACACACACACACACACACACACACACACACACACACGCACACACACCUCUUACCAAAUGAGGAUUUAAACCUCAGAGGUUGAAACACACACUCAACCCUGUAAGACCCACAUCCAAACACAUCCCGGUGUGUUUGUAUCAAGAAAAUACAGAAAACAGAAAAUUAUAUCUUCUUAAAAAUUAUUUUAUCUUUUUAUUUAAAUGAGAAAAGGCCAGAAUAACAUAUAACAAUAUUUUUUUCCGAGAAAUUCCAUAUUUCUUUCCAGGGGCGGGAAAGCACGGCGCUGAACAGCUGAUUCCCCAAAAACACACAAAUGUUUAAUUGUGACUGAAUAGAAAACAUUCAGCAGCUUUAUUAUAUAUAAAUUAAUAUAAAAAGAUUAAUAAAUGUUCCAUCAUUCUGCAGCAAAACAAAACCAAGCUUCCCUUUGUCUUAUCCAGACUAAUGUCAUCGUGACUUUUAAGAGCCUCGUGCUUUUCUCAAGAACUCGAGACGCAGAGUCAAGUGCUUGGGACGGAAAUUAGCUCCAACAAAAAUAAAUGGGAAACUCCAAGUCGUGAGGCAUUUAUUGUAAACCAGCAGAUUUCCUGAAUAAAUUCCAGCAAGGACCAAAUAUUUAGUCAUUUUAAUAAACCAGCUUGUAGCACCGCGUCCCCGGAGUGACUAAUAACCUUGUCGGCGGCGCGGCGCCCUGUGAGAGAGCGUUCCCUGAGAACAGGGCUGACGAGUUGGCUCAGCGGGUCGAGCUCUCGGCUGCCACUUAACUGCAAGUCGCUAAGAUGGGAACAUCGAGUAGGAGGGGAUCUCAGAAAGAGACGUGAACAGAGCUGUGGUUUAUACAAAGAAAGGUCUUUUUCCCAUGUGAUGCGAUGGUACUGUACGUAUCCGUGCCAAAAACUAAAUUACUCAGCAGAGCGCAAAACCUCCGCCGAGGCCCAACUGUCUCCUCUGAUCCAAUCAAACGCAACCAAACCCCCUAAAUGUGCAUGUUUUUAAAUGAUUAUUAUUAAGAUCUAUGAAUUAUUUCCUGGGACCUUUAUCGCCCGGGCAACACUGGAUGUUGACUAUGUCCCAAACACAAGCAACACUUCCUGUACCUGUUUCAAAUUAAAAGCACUUUUAGGCUUUCUGUUAAAUCCGUUCAUUUGUUUUAAGGUUUUUAUUUGUUGAGUUUGAAGAAGAAGUCGUACCAGAAACCUCAGGCAGCAGCUCCACAGCAGGCAUGGAUUUAAACAACGCGCACGCACCCAGUUUGGCCCCGGGCGUAACUCGCAAUGUUAAAGAAUGUGAUAAAAAUAAAAAUAUCCUUGAUCUGGCCCCUUGUCCGGAUCCAGGCCAAAACUUAACAAGCUCCUUCUUGGCCCAAGUUUAAGGGAAAUGUGUAGUCGGCAGGAUUACUUAAAAUCAACAAAGAAAAAAAAAACAAACACAGCGAAUGGGAGAAGACAUAACGUCCUUGGCGGAGGUCGAAUCAGCCAUCGACCUGGUUUCAGUGGUAAUUUGCGAGUAAAAAAAAAAAGAAACAUGGGAAACAGAACUUGCAGGUUUCGGCGCCGCACUCCGACAACUCCGGUUUAACCUGAGCUCGUUUUAAUUAGAGUCUAAAAACCAAACGUUUAAAAUCACAAAGGAUGUGUAGGGGGAAAAUAAUCACACGUUAUAAUAAAUCCAGUAUUUUAUGUACUUUUCAUAUUAGUUCACAACGUUAAAACACUUCACACAACAACCACACGUUAUAACUCACGAGUAUAAACUGUCACUAAACACUGAUGUUCACCUAAUCUCCACCGAGCUGAGACGGAUGUGAUGGAGGAGCUGGGGUCUGUGUGCGAUGUUGAAAAGUUUAAAAAAAUAUACACAUUGAGUUCGUGAUGAUAUUUACUCUGUUGAUGCUUUAAUUUUCCACAUUAAAUGAACCUUAUCUCGAUAUUCAGCAUUUUUUUAAAGCUCUUAUUGUUCCCAUGACUGCAAAUAAUCCAGGAAUUUAAAGCAUCACAGAUCAGGGGGGUGAUGGGUGACGUGUUUUUUAAAUUAAUUUAAAUUAAAUUCUCUUGUAGCUGCAUUGAGGGUUUCCUGUGACACAGAUUAACCAGUUUGAUGUCUCUACCCUCACAUGCAUCAGAACCACACACGAUAUCAAUAAGGGCUUUAACAGUGCUGAGUACAUAUUAUCCCAUGUAGCCUCACGUGUAUGUUUUGGAGUCGACCACAUAAAAAAAAAUAUAUGCAUACAAUUCCUGAAGAUGUAUUUAUUUUUACGUGUAAAUAUCGACUAUAAGUUAAAUGGACGCCUUGAUUCAUUGACUGCAGCUGGUGCGGGACUCUGCCCGGAGUCUGUUCUCUGUUAUAAAAGAGGAAACAUCUGA